AUGAAGAAGAACGCCAAGCUGACGAGGACCUACUCGACCUUCCGAGAUGCAAAGCUCGCCAAUCGUCUCAAAGAUGAGGAGCUGAAGAGCAUCUUCGACUCCUUGGACAAGAGCAACCAGGGCUUCAUCACCACCAACCUUCUCAAGAAGGUGCUCGUGGACGAGGGCCUGGGCAAGGGCAUCGUCAAGAAGGCCGUCGACACGCUCGACCAGGACAAGGACGACAAGAUCUUUGCCGCCGACUUCCUGCGCCUCAAGGAGAUGAAGACCGACAUCAUCGAGCGCGCUCUCACCGGGCGUGUGGCCAUCCCCGACUGGGCCGACUUCAUCAACAACCUCAAGGAGAUCUAUGAACACUGCGAAGCGCUGGAGACCGGCCAAAACGCACAGUACAUUCCUCAGUUGGCGCGCGUGAACUCGAACCAGUUUGGCAUCGCGGUGCAGACUGUGGACGGACAGAUCUGGACUCACGGCGAUGCCGACGUUCCCUUCACCCUCCAGUCGUGCUCCAAGCCCAUCACUUAUUGUAUUGCUGAGGGCGACAGAGGCGAGGAGAAGAUGAUGCGCCACGUAGGUCACGAGCCCAGCGGCCGCAAGUUCAACGCCUUCGAGCUCGACGAGCGGAACCCGGCCGAGAAGAAGCCCUUCAACCCUAUGAUCAACGCCGGGGCCAUCGUCACCGCCUCGCUCCUCAAGCCCGACUACGAGCCCGCCGACAGGUUCGGCUACGUGCAGACGGUGUGGCAGCGGCUGUCGGACCGCGGCGACGGCCAGCCCACGACCAUCGGCUUCGACAACGCCACUUACCUGUCCGAACUGCGUCACGCCGACCGCAACUUUGCCCUCUCCUACUUCAUGAAGGGCGAGGGCGUGUUCGACAAGUCGGUCAACAGCGACGAGAGGGUGCGCGCCCACCUGGAGUUCUACCUGCAGCUGUGCUCGAUGACCGGCACCACACGCGACAUGGCCUCCGUAGCCUCGGCUCUCGCCAACGGCGGCACCAACCCCAUCACCAAAGAGAAAAUCUUCCCGGCGGCGUGCGUGCGCAACUGCCUGUCGAUCAUGUUCAGCUGCGGCAUGUACGACUACUCCGGAGAGUUCGCCUACAGCGUGGGCCUGCCCGCCAAGUCGGGCGUGUCCGGCUGCGUCAUGGUGGUGGUGCCCAACCUGCUGGGCAUGUGCAUCUGGUCGCCCCGCAUCGACGACCAGGGUAACUCGGUCCGCGCUGUCGAGUUCUGUAAGCAGCUCACCUCGCGCUACGCCUUCCACGUGUUUGACGAUGUCAUCUCCUGCUCCGAGGGAUCGCAGAAGAAGAACCCACGUCUGCGCCAGGCGACGAACAAGGAGAUCAACGUCAUCAGCGAAUUCAUCUUCGCGGCCGCCAACGGCAACCUCACCCGCGUCAUGGAGCUGGUGCUGGCGGGCACGUCGGUGAACGUGGCCGACUACGACGGGCGCGCCGCGCUUCACUUGGCCGCGGCCGAGGGCCGGCUCAAGGUCGCCGAAUAUUUGGUGAACAAGGGCGCCAACGUGCUGGUCAGGGACAGGUGGGGCGCCACGCCCUUCGAUGAGGCCGUUCGCGCUGGGCACAAGGACCUGGCGGCUCUGCUGGAGCGGGCGGGCAACGAGAGGAAGGCCGCGCCCGACAGCGCGCCCGAGUCCGACGUCGUCACGCCCAUCGCCGACGGCCACUCGCCCAGGCUCGUCGAGACCGCCUGA